GAGAAGUUUCCUGUGUGUGUGGAGAGAGGAGCAGGAGUGAGGACGCUGGUGCUGGGCUUGUUUUUCACACAUCAGCUGCUUGUUUUUUAUUUUAGAGUUGGCAACAUUGGACACAACACAUUUCAGUGGAGGAGGUGACGGUGACCGGCAUUGAGGUAACUUAAGGAGCUGGAGUCCCACUAAGAAUAGAAGACAAGGCUGCAGAAAGAAACGGGAAACGAUCUUGUUCCCUGAUCUAGAAAACUAAAGAUAUAAUUUCUUCUUUAGCUUCUGAAUGGUUCAAAGAAACGAUUUUCAUUUUAUGGAUAGAAGUUUUUAUCCAUUACAUGAUGAGUCUCACAGGAGAGAGACCACAUCUGUGUUCUGAGUGUGACAGAAGCUUUACAUGCAAAUCAAAACUUAUCAUACAUCAGAGGAGUCACACGGGAGAAAGACCAUUUAUAUGUUCUGAAUGCAGCAAGUGUUUUUCCCAGAAGUCAUGUCUUCUUAUACAUCAGAGGAGUCACACAGAAGAGAAACCAUUUAUUUGUUCUGAAUGCAGCAAGUGUUUCUCCCAGAAGUCACAUCUUGUUAUACAUCAGAGGAGUCACACAGGAGAGAAACAACAUCUGUGCUCGGAGUGUGACAGACGCUUUACAUGUAAAUCACAUCUUAUCAGACAUCAGAAGAGUCACACAGGAGAGAAACCACAUAUGUGCUCGGAGUGUGACAGAAGCUUUACAUAUAAAUCGCAGCUUAUCAGACAUCAGAGGAGUCACACAGGAGAGAAACCAUUUGAAUGUUCUGAAUGCAGCAAGUGUUUUUCCCAGAAGUCAGAGCUUGUUAUACAUCAGAGAGUUCACACAGGAGAAAAACCAUUUGAAUGUUCUGAAUGCAGCAAGUGUUUUUCCCAGAAGUCAGAGCUUGUUAUACAUCACAGGAGUCACACAGGAGAAAACACAAUUAUAUGUUCUGAAUGCAGCAAAUGUUUUGCCAGGAAGUCAUAUCUUGUUAUACAUCAGAGGAUUCACACAGGAGAGAAACCAUUUAAAUGUUCUGAAUGUAGCAAGUGUUUUUCCCAUAAGUCAUUUCUUAUUCGACAUCAGAGGAGUCACACAGGAGAGAAAUCAUUUAUAUGUUCUGAGUGCAGCAAAUGUUUUUCCCAUAAGUCAAAUCUUGUUAUACAUCAGAGGAGUCACACAGGAGAGAAACCAUUUAUAUGUUCUGAAUGUAGCAAGUGUUUUUCCCGGAAGUCACAUCUUGUUAUACAUCAGAGGAGUCACACAGGAGAGAAACCAUUUACAUGUUCUGAAUGUAAGAAGUGUUUUUCCCUGAAGUCAGAGCUUGUUAUACAUCAGAGGAGUCACACAGGAGAGAAACCAUUUGAAUGUUCUGAAUGUAGGAAGUGUUUUUCCCAGAAGUCGCAUCUUGUUAUACAUCAGAGGAGUCACACAGGAGAGAAACCAUUUACAUGUUCUGAAUGCAGCAAAUGUUUUUCCAGGAAAUCACUUCUAAUUAUACAUCAGAGGAGUCACACAGGAGAGAAACCAUUUACAUGUUCUGAAUGUAGCAAGUGGUUUACUAGAAAGGAAACACUCAGUAAUCACAUGCAGAGUCACUCUGAGGGCCUGAAUGCAGCUUGUGUAUCAUAACUAAUGUAACUUAUCACAACUGUAUGAAUUCAAUGGAAACCAAUAUUUAUUUUCUGAAUGUGACAAGUGUUUUAUAUAAAUGACUGUUGAUAAAGACAGGAGAGGUCAGACAAGUGGAAGUGGAGGUACUUUUCCCCUUGGGAAGGUCUCUGUGUUAGGAACUAGAGCUGCAGUAUAACAAUAGCCAAUGACCGUGGGACUGCCAUUACUGAGCUCUGUAAUAUACAGCUGUUCUGCUCAUGCAGGUGCUGGGACUAGUAGAGAGUUCCAGCAGCUCCUCUCAGUACUGGGAUUCCUUCUCUGACCAGCAGGGCUAUGAGUGCUGGGUAUUUCUACAGGAACAAUGUAUGCUGUUCUGUUUCACCGUAUGGGUUAUUGUACGGGGUGUUAUUUUUAACCACUUUUAGAUGCCAUUUUGUCCAUGUUUAACUCCAUUUUGUAUGUGUAUGACCUCAUUGCUUUAUAUACUGUACAUACUUUUUAUUAGGAUUAGUGCUUUGCAGACAUAUAGGCACCAGUUAGAAAUAAAGUCUCACGUUAAGUUACAAGUUUUCUUUCACCUUUGACAUAGUGUGAAAGACGUAGUGAGUGGGAAGUGUAUACAGCUUUUAGGGUGGUUGAUUAUAAUAAAUAAAUGUUCCUGUUAUCAGUAUCUCAGAUGUCUUGAUAAAGGCCCAGUUUAGGGCUGAAACGCGUCGACAAAAAGGAGUGUGAGUAGCAUACCAUCUGGAUUUUAUCUAUUUUUUUAAAUUUUGGUUUUAUUUAAAAAGGAGGAUUUUAUUUCUCUUUGCCACUUUUAUGGUUUGGUCCAUGUAAUGCUGUAUGAUCUUUUUCAUACACUUUCCUCAAAUUUUUUCCCCCCGUGUAUUGUUAAAUAAAUAUUUGUAAACCUUCCUUCUUACUCCAUUGUGAGUGCCAAUAUUUUUUUUCAAUUUUGGCGUGUGCGGAUAACUACAUGGUCCGAACUACAAGCCAUAUUUCCCACCUGGAACCUAAAGAUACCUUGAUGGGAGAUACACAGCACAUCGAAUUGUGAGUUGGGGUACGCCAUAUUGACUGAUCACCCCCACUUUGUGAAGUUAAAGAUACCUUUAUGGGCUUUUUAUCAGCUCCCCGAGUGUGAGUGUUGGGGUACGCACACAAUUACCUUCUAGUGGAAUUACAUCUGUGGUUUAUUUGAGUCCAGUAUAUACUGUACCAUCAAAUAGAAUCUCCCCAAAGAUACCGCUAUUAUUUAGAACCCCCAUUUUAUAUGUGAGUGGGGUACGCAUUGAACCUAUCUGCCUCAGAUUUAUUUACACAUUGCAUUUAAGAUUCGCAAAACCUACUACACAUUGGUUUGCUUGUUUUCUUUUUUCAUAUGAUGCACAUUGGGAGUUUCCAUGAACAAAGCCAAAACCGCAAACUGAAAUCUCUGUCCAGGACCUAAAGAUACCUUGAUAGGAGGUGUACAGCAGUCCAAACUGUGAGUUGUGGUACGCCAUUACAGACUACUAUUAUCCCCUAGGAGAGAAAGAUACCUUUAUGUGUUUUACAUCAACCGUUUGAGUGUGAGUGUUGGGGUACGCAUCAUCUGCCUCCAUUGGGAAUCCACAACAAACGAUUGAGGUGUUGAGCUGAAUUCCCUAUUCAUCACACUGGGUGUUAUAAGAAAUUGAAAGGUUAACCACAUAAAGAAACCGUGAUGCGAUUAAUGCCUCCUCUUUAGAGUGUGAGUGGGGUACGCUUUGGAUCCACCCUAGUUUUAUAGAGGAGUCUGAUUUCUUUUUCUAUUGCUUAAGUGUUGAUAACAUUUACCACACAUUGGUUGUUUUUUGUUAUCCUGUCUUUCAUGUCAACUAUGUUUGGAGACCUUACAUACAAUUGAUUAGAACUGGAGACACAAUUUUAGACCUAAGAACCUUCCAUGCAACUCAAAAGGGAUGUUAUGGUGAUAUUCUACUUACCUUAGCGCUUGUGGUGUACGACAGUAUUUCAAAUUUCUUGUGUUUUGUUUGUUUAUUUAAAUGUGGUGACAUUUAAUUCGAAAUCUGUUACAUCUGAGCUGCACAGCGCCAGUUUGAACCACCCCCUACAUCUUUGUUUCUACAUCUGAAAGGGUACAGUUGUCUAGAAUAACAUAAAUUAUGUUAUCCUGAAUGACUACUGCACCCAGCGUCACAGACCCUGAAUGUAAUAUCUGGUAAGACAAUGUUAGCGUAUCCUUGCAGGGUUAUAAAGCCUAGAGACUUACACAUAGCAAGUAGUUCUGAUGGAAGCUAGGUAUGGCUGCAGCGGACCUAGACUUCUACAAACCCCCUCCAGCUUUUAACUUGCAACAAAGUUAUUAGGCGGGACCCAAGAGAAUGACUGAACUACAUUAAACUACUUAGUUAAUCGAUGACCAUCAUCUGGGACAGAUCUUAUAACAGGGAUAAGAGCAGAGCGUAUCUGAUUUCAUUAUUUUUGGCUCUUCACAAGAUAUCUCCCAUGAUAAGAGAUGUGAAUAAAGAAAAGAGAGUGGAACAGGCACGGCGAUGGAUUGAGAGUGGUGAAACAUUUCAUGAUGUUAUUUUCACAGAUGAAUCGUCUGUUGCCCUUGAGCGGUUUUCCAGAAUGUCAUUCCGGAAACGUAACCAUAUCAUUAAAACCAUGCCCAAAGCAUCCAUUGAAAGUCCAUGUAUGGGGAGGCAUAUCACGAUUAGAAGCUGGUCCCCUAUUAUUUUUCGAAGGGAUCAUGGAUAAGAAAUUUUUCCAAGAAACAAUAGUAGAGGGAUGUAUGGUGCCAUUUGUGAAUAAAUAUUACCCAAGACAAUGAUCCUAAACACUCCGCCUCAGCCAAAUUUAUGGAAGAGAAAGGUAUGAAUUGGGAACGCACACCACCAGAAUCACCAGACAUGAACCCAAUCGAAUUAGUGUGGGCUCAAUUGAAGAGGUACAUUAGGAGUGUUGCGAAGCCAACAACAAAACAGCAGCUGUUGGAUGGGAUAAAGAAAUUUUGGCUAGAAGUACUCACACCUGAACAUUGUAAUAAUUAUAUAAAUCACCUGUAUAAACUAUUACCUGUUAUAGUCGAAAGAAAUGGUCAAGCCACAAAUAUGUAGUUCUGUACUGUAUUUUCUGUUUAAAAUUUUAAAUUGGUGCAUUAUUAAAAAUGUUUAUAAAAUU